GGGGAUAGUAGCAGGAGCAGGAGGAAGAGGGGGGAAGGAGGCCAGGGAGAUGUACCUCAUCCAGUUCCCCAGGGAUGAAGAGGAUGAGGGAGGGAUGACGGAGGACGAGGAAGGGGAGGGCAGCAUCAGCGGUGAGGGGGAGGAGACGGCCAACAUCAAAGAGGAGUUUACACAAACAGAGGGCUAUCAACCCGCCUCUCUCCAGCUAAUCAAGGAGGCUUUGAAGAUGGACCCGUCCAACCAGAACCUCCACACUGGCUCCAGAUCCCAAAGCGAAGGAGAUCUGUCGGGUCAUCCCCCGACCCUUCAUUCAGGAGAAAGAGAGGAGGAGGAGGACUGGAAGGUGGAGUCUGCAGAGCCGUCGGAGGGGGGCAUGACCAUGGAUGAGCUGAGGGGUCUGGAGUCUGCACUGAGGGCUGAGAGAGGCCGCGAACAGGCUGCCAUGACGGCCUCCCAGCCUGUCAGCCCUGACUGCAAGAGCAGCCUGGCCCCCAAGUACAUUGGUCUUGAUGGAAUGGAGCAGGAUGAAGAGCUGGAGCCACCCACCCUGCAGAGAGAGGAGCAGACAGGGCAAGGCAGGAUGAAGGACGCUGUGAGGGCUGGCGUGGAGCUGAGGUCAGCCUGGCCGAAGAAGUUGAGAGAGGGCGACUCGGCUGCGGUCAUGACUGGAGAGCAUCGAAUGGCGGAGCAGGGAGAGUCCGAGCACCUGCCCCACCUGUCUGCUCCAGGGAGUGUCGGGGAGAGCGGAGGGGAAGAGGAGAGUGGCGUGGACCUGCUCCACUUCUGCCCACAGUGUGGAGGAGGCUUCACCUCAGAUGCUGAGCUGGAGGAGCACCCUUGUCCACUCGGAGCCUCUCACUUACAGAAUAGUGGAGAGGACAUUCUUUUCCCCUGUGCCCACUGUGGCAACACUUUCAGCCACGCCUGGGCUCUCAAGAACCACGAGUGCGCCUGUGCCGCCGAGAGGCCGCACUGCUGCGAGAUCUGCGGGAAGCGCUUCACACACUCGCGCUCACUGGAACGGCAUCAUCUGGUGCACACGGGCGAGAGGCCGCACCGGUGCCCUCAAUGUGGACGCAGCUUCAGUCGUCUAGGCAAUUUGGAACGGCACCAGCGGAUUCACACAGGUGAACGUCCAUACGGGUGUGAAGCAUGCGGAAAACGGUUCAGUCGUGUGGAGUACUUAAAGAGACACCAACUCAUACACAGUGAAAGCCGACACUCUAGUGCUCUGACUGGAGAAGUGGCUUUAACCGCAAGUGUUUUUAGAGCCGCUCCUUCAAAUCUCUGAUAGAACUGGAAAGAAAAAGCAGGUUUUUAAAUUGAACGUGGUAGAAUCCGGGUGAUGAAUGUGCCCGGUGGUUAAUUCUCAGUGACUUGACCUCUGUCUCCCCCCUCUGGCAGUGAGAGAAAUUACACAAACACUGUCUACAAGAAAGCUACAGGAUUCAUAACGCCGGGUCGCUGUGGUCUCUCCCCCCUUCCUGUCUGUCAAGAUAUUGGGUAAUACAAGUAAAUUGACGUAUCACGUAACCAAUCAGAGAGCCACAUUGAGCAGCUACACUGUGAAGACCUGUAGGUGAGGGAGCAAGGUUGGUUGACGGCACUUUUAUAUGUAAAGGUUCCGCACUCUAGCUUUAAAUUUACUUCAAGAUAAAGAAACUACAUGUGUGGAUGAUUUUUGUUUUGUGUAAAAGUUAAUUAAGUUGACAGGAAGUCCGUUGUAGAUGGAAAUAAAUUUAAGACAUUCAGCUAUUCUCUCAUUUGUAUAAAGCUUGUACUUAUUUAUGAUGAUCAAUAAAUUGUACAUGUUUGUGUUUUUAUCAAUAAGUCACCAAUGUUGCAGCUGAUGCCCCUAUUUUUAGCCGGACAAUAUAAUUGACAGCUUGGUAUUUUGUACAUUUGUGUUUUGGUCAUAUUAUAAAGAAAUAAAUAUUUAAAUUCAUCA